CUGUCGUCACGUGAGCGUGGGGGCCGGGGCUGGCGGCCGGGCUGGAGGGGAAGAUGGCGGCAGAAAGGGAGCCCCCACCGCUUGGGGAGGUGCGGCCCGCAGACUUCGAGGAGCUGGAGGACGGCGAGGACCUUUUUACCAGCACCGUGUCUACCCUGGAGUCAAGUCCUUCAUCUCCAGAGCCAGCAAGUCUUCCUGCAGAAGACCUCAGCACAAACUCCAGUGGUCCAAAGCCAGCAGAAAUCAUGCUGGAUGAUGACAGAGAAGACCUCUUUGCUGAAGCAACAGAAGAAGUUUCACUGGACAGUCCAGAGAGGGAUCCUAUACUGUCACCAGAACCUACUCCUGCAAUCACUCCUGUAACACCUACUACAUUAGUAGCUCCCGGAAUGGAAUCGAAAAGCAUAACAGCUCCUGUGAUUUUUGACAGGUCCAGAGAAGAGAUUGAAGAGGAAGCAAAUGGAGAUAUGUUUGAUAUAGAAAUCCAUGUAUCAGACCCUGAGAAAGUUGGUGAUGGAAUGAAUGCUUAUAUGGCAUACAGAGUAACAACAAAGACAUCGCUUUCCAUGUUUCACAAAAACGAAUUCUCUGUUAAAAGAAGAUUCAGUGAUUUUCUCGGGUUGCACAGCAAACUAGCAACAAAGUACAUGCAUAUUGGUUACAUUGUGCCUCCAGCUCCAGAAAAAAGUAUUGUAGGCAUGACAAAGGUUAAAGUAGGCAAGGAAGAUUCUUCAUCCACUGAAUUUGUAGAGAAAAGAAGAGCAGCUCUGGAAAGGUAUCUACAACGAACAGUAAAACACCCAACCUUGUUACAGGAUCCGGAUUUAAGACAGUUCUUGGAAAGUUCUGAGCUGCCGAGAGCGGUUAACACCCAGGCUCUGAGCGGAGCAGGAAUAUUGAGGAUGGUGAACAAGGCUGCCGACGCUGUCAACAAAAUGACAAUCAAGAUGAAUGAAUCGGAUGCAUGGUUUGAAGAAAAACAACAGCAAUUUGAGAAUCUAGAUCAGCAACUUAGGAAACUUCAUGCCAGUGUUGAAGCAUUAGUCUGCCACAGAAAAGAGCUUUCAGCCAACACAGCUGCCUUUGCUAAAAGUGCUGCCAUGUUAGGUAACUCUGAGGACCACACCGCUCUGUCCAGAGCUUUAUCUCAGCUUGCAGAGGUUGAGGAGAAGAUAGAUCAGUUGCAUCAAGAACAAGCUUUUGCUGAUUUCUAUGUGUUCUCAGAACUUCUUGGCGAUUAUAUUCGUCUUAUUGCUGCAGUAAAAGGUGUGUUUGAUCAUCGAAUGAAAUGCUGGCAGAAAUGGCAAGAUGCUCAAGUCACUUUACAAAAAAAACGUGAAGCUGAAGCAAAGCUCCAACUUGCCAAUAAACCUGAUAAAUUGCAGCAAGCUAAAGAUGAGAUAAAAGAGUGGGAAACAAAAGUUCAGCAAGGGGAAAAAGAUUUUGAACAGAUCUCCAAAACCAUUCGCAAGGAAGUGGGAAGAUUUGAGAAGGAACGUGUGAAAGACUUUAAAAGUGUUAUUAUCGAGUACUUAGAGUCGUUAGUGCAAACACAACAGCAGCUAAUAAAAUAUUGGGAGGCAUUCCUACCUGAAGCCAAAGCCAUUGCCUGAAAGAAGAAUAUUCAAAAUGACAAGAUAGUCUGGAUGUUUGUCCUGGAUAAAACUAAAUUCCACACUGAAAUCACUUUAAACCAUCCAAAUAAACCACUAUGUAUUUUAUUAAUUAACAUGUGGCUUUUUUAUAUACUACAGCAUUUUAUUAACAAGCUGCAUGUCCUGACUCUCUUUAAAGUGGACUGUGGCAUGAUGUUCUGCAAUACAUUGCUGAAUUGAACACUAUUGUGUCUUAAUACUUGCACUAAAAUGUGCACUGCAAGGCCAGAAAGCUGAUACUUUUGUUCUUUACAAUGCAAUGUUCUGCAGUAUGUUUACUUGAUCUUUAUGACACAGAUUUAAUCAUUGAUUAAGUUCACUUAAACAUUCCUGUACAAAAUCAUGUUUUUGUGAUUACAAUAAUAAAGGGGAUGUAUCUUGUGAAACACCAAACACUCUGUUUUUGUGUCUGUAGAUAUUUACUGGUGUUCUUAGAAGUCGCUUUUAGAACAAAUUGAGAUUAUAUCAAAGGCAGAAACAAUGUUUAGUGAAGAAUACUGGAGACAGUAUUAAAGAUCCACAAACAAGUAUUUGUGGUAAAUUGUUCUGAUUUAUAAUUCUUAGUUUGUUAUGUGUAUUCUUUCCACCUGAAGUUGUCACUUCCUUGGUAAAUGCAUUAAUUCUCACAGGGUCAAAAUGCUUGGGCAACAGAGAAAUGUAAAUGGAAAUCUCUUUAAAGAGUUUUACAAGGAUGAUGAAGGGUUAGGAUCACCUUGCAUGAUCACAUACUGACGUCAGGCUAGACUGAUAUAUUUUAUCAGUUGUCUUCAGCAGUCUCAGGAUACAAAAAGGAAAAAAAUGUUGCAAUAAUUGUGGUAAUAGGGGAGGAAGAAAACAAAUUAAUUCAGCUAAGUGCAAGGUAGUUGUAAGCAUUCUACCUGCAUUUUCUUGAGUAGAAAAUACAUUUGCAGAGACCAGUUACAUCUUUUGUUACAAAAUCAUAGAAACUAAACAUUUUUUCUGAGAUCCACGACGUUAGUGUGGGACAUGCUGCCCUGUCAUUUAAAUAACAUAUUAAGCUUGUCAAUGGCAUGUUUUAAUACUAAUGACAGCCUUUAGUAUUGUAGAUAAAUGUUAAUCUUAUAAAAUGCAAGAGGAUCUUCUGGCUAUUUACAAGACUGUAGGAUAAGCCCAUGAAUUUGUAUUAUUUGGGGUCAAGCAUAAAGAAACACUCUGUUCUAUUUCCAAACAGAAUGGAAACUUAAGUUCAGCUGUAUGAUGCUAUGCUCUGAUUUAUGCAACAGAAUUAGUACAAACUUACCAGAUUGGUGGCUUUUGUUUCUGUACAAAGUUCUGCUGACUCCUGGGAAUUUUUAAGGAACUUAGUACAGAAACUUUUACUUUUAAAAAAAAAAAAUCCCAAGCAGUUAUCAAGCAUCUUUUUUAAAAGGUGAAAUACUAAAACCUGACCUUGUAAUGCUUGUGGAUCAGUUUGUUAAGUCAUUUGAUUUGUAACUGCUUUUUGAAAAGCUUAAGUGUGCUACAGGUUCACAAUGAAGAAACUGGUCUACUUUGACUUUGGCUUACUCAGUACUAAUGGAAAUUGACCAGCAACUCAAUGUUAAACUUCACAUUUGUUCCAGUGAAAGUGGGUGCUACCAGAAUUAAAGACUUAAUGUGGACAUGGAGAACUCAAAACAGGGGAAAAUAUGCAUUCACGAUGUUACUUCUUUAAGUGCUUUAUACAGCUCUUUUUAGCCCUUCAUCUUCUUGUUUUUUCCCCCUUAUAUCACAAUUAGAAUUCAGUUGAAUUAGGCAUCAGAUUUCUUCUCCUCGUGAUGAGAGAAUGAGAAAUAACUUUCAUAUUAGUCUCCUAGCACAUAUUAUUGUGAUUGUCUAUACUAGACAAUUGCAAAUGGGAAAGAGGGAUGCAAGGCUUUUUUUUUUUUACCUUAAAGCUAGAAGCCUGUUGGAGAAUAGAAGAAUAAUAGUAUUUCUGGAGUUCAGUGUCAUCGCUAAUAUAAAAUAAUUGUUGUCUUUUCUGCAUCACAAGAUUAAUUAGAAGACCCACACAUUUGGCCAGAAUAGGACUCACUGUUUCAAGAAUGUCAUAAUUUAUUUUGUGCCUGUUUCCUCAUAUUGUGAAGAUUGAAGGUUUUCUUAUUGUCUUUCCUAGUAUGAUUAAAAUAUGUUUUGGCAGAUGUUUCUCAAACUAGGUGAAUGGAGGUGCUGAUGAACUAUUUUCUCUGUAGAGUUCACUACAGGAUGUUGUACUAAAUUUAAGUGUUGUUUCCCUGAAACUCCAAGCCAGUGUGCCACUGAAUAAUCACUAGCAUGAACAAAGCAAAUGUUUGGAAAAGGAUGAACUACAUUUGGAAUAAUGUAUAAAGGACAAGGUGCUACUAAAGUCUAAUUUACUUUUUAAGUUAAAAUAAACUCUAGAUGUUUACAACAA